GUGAUGUGCGAUGGUGCGAUUAUUAGUGCGAUUUCUUGCGGUGGACAACGCUAGUGUAAUCUAGUCUGAAAUAAAAACAUUGCUUCAAAGGAUAUCGUAUAAUUUAUUGCAAAGAACAUCAGAAUAGCCUGUAAAAGUUGCCGUUUGUUGACACUUAGCUGUCCCUGGCGUCAAUACAGAAGAAAAAAAAUAUCGUUCGCCAACAGGCAUCUGUAUGUAGCAGCUCGAUUGAGUGUGAUGGAGACUGCAACAGAGAAAAACGGCAAGAGUGAGGAAAAUGUCGACUGGAAUGUCGACACCGAAGUGCAAUUAUUUCACGCCAUGAAAGGCCACAAACCUAUUGGGGUCAACAGGUACUUUCAAAUGGCAUGCAUUCAUCAGAAGUUCAGCACAUCUUUAAACAAGGACAUUCACUCACGAAUCAUUUGGGACCACCUAGACACCAUGUAUGACAUGGCUGCAUUGCAUGAAUCUGAGAUCCUACCAUUUCCAAACAAUGAAAGAGAUUUCAAUUUACCGGAAACGGAAUUCCGGGACCUGCUGUGUCAGAGAGCGGGUGGUCGGCCUCUUGAGAAUGCACAGAGCUCGGAUGACGAACAGGUGCGGACGCCGUCAAAGCGCCAAGAUUCGAGCGAUACCCCCAAACGGGAAGGAGACGCACCGAAGUCGUCGGGAAAGACGUCCCGGGUCGAACAGCAGUCUCGAAAGGAACCACCUCGGAGCACGGGCGGGAAGGUACGGCCUGAACACGCCCACGGGAAAGUGCGCAGCGACAGCACUCCGACGAGCAAAGCCAAGCCGGAAGUCAAGCCAAAGAGUGAGCCGCCCCCGAAGGCUGUAAAGGCUACAGAGAGCAAGGCAGAAUCCAAAGAGUCUCGAACGUCGACGCCAAAAGCCGAGAGCAAAGACACGCCGAAGCGUGCGGAACCACCGCGCUCGGCAAAAGAGAACACUAGUCGCAAGUCCGAGACCGGACGAACCGGAGGGAGCAGAAGUCAAGAUGAGGCGGCCCCUGAGAAAGGGAAAAGCAGCAGUAGCAGCAAUCGCAGUGCCAAGGACGACGCGGAUAGCAGUGCAAAACGAGGUGCCACAAAACGUAGGCAGGACCAGAUGAACAACAAACCCCCAAGUCCCAUGGUAACGCAGCACAGUAAACGUCGAAGAUGACCCAAAGGUGUCUGUAUGUUUUAUUCUUGUGGUUCCUCGUGGCACUCCAGAAUAGAAUCGCAUCAGAAUCAGAUAGAAUCAUGGUAAUCAGGAAAGCUGAACGUAACCUCCCUGGUUUCAAAUAGAACCUGGAUGCUGUUACUAUGAUACACUAGACACACAGUGUUGGCUGUUAGAUAUUAUGCACAGAGAAUGUGGUGUGCUCUUUAAAGAGAAUUAAUACAACUUCCACACGCAUGUUUUUGAUAUCCAAGAAUGAAGAUUAUGUAGAUUAGUUAGAGCGUAGGGUGGCUUAGAACUUGCGGUCCCUCGACAUUCAUGCACGAGUCCGUUGUUUGAACUGCGCAGUUCAGUGGAACCUACAAGUGGGAUGCACUUUGAAAGUGCGGAAGAAACUUGUACAUGAACCGUAACUAUUAUAUGUUGGCACAAACAGAUUUUUUGUUUGUGCUCUCACACGGGGUCUAGGAACUUGGUAUCACAUCCUAAGUGCAGCUUGUAUGUAAUAUGCGCAUGGUACAAUGCAGCGGCACAAUUACAGUUGUGCCCUCGUGUGUUGAGCCCUUACCUGACAAAACUACGGGCGGGUAGCAAUUACAGGUUCUUUUUCAAUUUCGCUAGUGGGACAACCGUUUGUCUCUGUCUCUUUGUGAUGCCAGGGGCCCUCCAUCUGGACAUACAGGGUGUUACCCUAUAAAAGUCUACCUGUGCCGCCAUGCCGUACUCGCCUAUUACUCAAUACAGGUGGCACAUUGUGUGAUCUUUACAUAAAGCUCAUAAGGACAUUUACCCCCGGUUGCACCAACGACGCUUAACGCAGAACCGAGUUCGCAGAGCUAGUUGAGCUCGGUUCCAGUUUCCGAGCGUUGCACCAAACGAGCUCAACACUAGCGCCGCCCUCAAACUGCUAUUAAACCUCCACUCAGCGGAACCGCCCUCGUCGGCGGCUCAGGGCGAGGAGCCGCGCUGAUGCCGUCAGCUGUUUGCUCGAUUAUUUGUUGAAAUAGUCGUGCGGAGGCGACAACAAAUGAAUUUCUGUCAUUACUACGAGGAAGAAUAGUGUCAACGGUUCUUCUGUUGAUACAGUUGCAUCUGACAAGAAGGAUGGGCGCAUUUUCAAGUCCUCGGAAUGGUUUCGUGUAAGCGGACAUGUUGACUGUUGUGAGGUGCUGUGUGUGUGUGUGUGCGCGCUCAACUUUUAUGAGCACAGAUUGUGUAAAAUAAUGCCGUAGAUGUGGUAGCUAAACAUAUGUGAGCAGCCGCGUUGGCUGCCUGUGUUCGUAUGUGAAUGUGGUGGUUUACGAAGUGCUGUUCACGGCGCAGCUCAUCGAUACAAGUGAAAUACGUCAGUGCACGGUUCAUAAAUUGCUGUGAUUUGGGUCCGGAUGAGAGAAGUGGCAACGGAACGAUCUCUGCGUUGCCAGUGUUUGCCCAAACGUACGGUAGCCCUUGCUAAAUUAACUUUUUCCGCGUAAUGAGUGUUUAAUUACUCUGACACUGGGUUUUUGCUUUCGAAAGUUGUUCACUUCUGUAACCCGGGAUUCUUCGCAGACGAUGUUACGCAGACAGACGAAUGCAGACCAACAGCGAUGUAUUGUACAGUCCUCAUGUAAUAAAUAGCUGUAGUCUUUCA